AUGGCAACCCUCACCGAGAUUCAGACCGAAGACAGCUUCGACCAAGCCAUGAAGGCCGGUACCUCGUCGACUCUUUUUGUUCUCUAUUUCCAUACUCCCUGGGCGGCUCCAUGCGCUCAGAUGAACACAAUUCUCACCGCGCUUGCCUCCACGUACCCCGCCGAUGCGACUAUCAAAUUCCUCUCCAUCAACGCAGAAGAGCUACCUGAUAUCUCAGAGACCUACGAUGUCACAGCCGUACCCUUCCUGGUCCUGCAAAGAGAUGACAAGACAUUGGAGACCGUGAGCGGUAGUGACGCCACCAAAGUCAGGACCACAGUUGAGAAAUACGCUGGUGGGCAAGCCAAGAGUGUGAAUGGCAUCCCUCCUCCACUGCAGGCUACGCCCCAGCAACAGCAGGCCAACGGAAAUGCCGACGGCAGUGCUCCUACAGCCACCAAGGACCUCAGUUCCUAUGCGCCAAAAUCUUCAGACCCUCCAACGGCGCCAGCCCAAUCCUCUACUCAAGAGUCGCAGGAGGAAUUGAACGAGCGACUGGGGAAGUUAGUUAAGGCUGCGCCAGUCAUGCUUUUCAUGAAAGGAACCCCUAGUGCUCCUCAAUGCGGCUUCAGCAGACAACUGGUUAGCAUUCUUAGGGAGAACCAGGUCAAGUACGGAUUCUUCAACAUUCUUGCAGAUAACGACGUCCGCGAAGGCCUCAAGGCUUUCUCUGACUGGCCUACAUUUCCGCAACUAUAUACGAAUGGUGAUUUGAUCGGUGGUCUGGAUAUUGUAAGAGAAGAGAUCUCCGCGGAUCCUGACUUCUUCAAACCAUUCUCUACCGCUGCGGCAAAACCCGAGGCAGAGGCUCCAACGGCGUCUGCAUGA